AUGUUUACCAUAAAGCAAACCAGACCUGUUCGUCGGACAACUGCUGAAACUGGAACGCGCCCAGCCAACCUUCGUUAUGUGUACCUCCUUACCGCAUUCGUUUCGAUUGGCGCGUUGCUUUUCGGAUAUGAUCAGGGUGUAAUGGGAGUCAUCGUAGCGGAUGCUAGGUGGAUAAGUCGAUUUCGCCCAGCCAAUAGCUGGGUGACUGGGGCGGUGGUUUCUCUUUACGACAUUGGGUGCUUGUUCGGCGCCUUGUCUAUAGGGUUUCUCGCUGACCACUGCGGCCGUGAACGGACUUUAUCCAUCGCUUGCGCAAUCUUUACCGUUGGUGCCGUUCUACAAUCGGCAUCGUACAACAUCGUUUCCAUCACGUUAGGGAGGGUGAUAUUGGGAUACGGAGUUGGCUGCUGUGCUGGUGGAGUUCCGCUGUACGUCUCGGAAAUCGCCCCCGCGAAGUUGAGAGGUCGUAUCAUAGGGAUAGAGCAAAUGAUUCUCUGCUUUGGUGAGCUUGUGGCCUUCUGGAUGAACUAUGGAUUCAACUUUCUAGAGACACCCGAAUGGUGGCGUAUCCCCCUUGCUAUUCAAAUCGCGCCGGCGAUCGUCCUGGCAGUCGGGUGUUGGUUCUGGGUGCCACCUAGUCCACGCUGGCUAGUCCAGCAGGAUAGACACCAGUGCGCUCGCGAAGUGCUUGCUCGGCUUCACGGAGACGAGGAGGCUGACAUCCAAAUGGCCGAGAUUGCUAAAGAGGUUGCUUUUGAGAAAGCUGUGACUACGGCGACGUGGGGUGAAAUGUUCAAAUCGCCUAUUCUACGGGUUACCAUGCUUGCAAUGGGCGUACAAUCCUUUCAGCAGAUUACGGGAACUAAUUCCAUUCUCUACUAUACUCCGUCGCUCUUCGAACGAGGCGGGAUUACUAACCCAAGAACGGCAAACCUGGCUACAGGAGGAGUCGGAAUUGUACUAUUCGUCUUCGCUUGGGUGCCAAUCUUCGUUUUUGACCGUCUCGGGCGUAAAACAUGGCUCCAGAUAGGACUUGUCGGGAUGUGCUGCGCGAUGAUAGGAAUCACCGUCUUGCAGUGGCACGCCGAGAGGAAUCCAAACGACAACGGGAACUACGCUAUCGUCGCUUUUCCGUACUUAUUCUACGUGUUCUUUAACAUAAGUUGGGGCGUAGGAAGCUGGACCUAUGCCACCGAAAUCUUCCCGGCUAUGUAUAGGGCAAAGGGUAACGCCCUGUCAACGGCGAGCCUAUGGUUGAGCUGCUACGUGGUUGCGCAAGCAAGCCCUCCCAUAGCGACAGCCAUAGGCUGGGGUCUUUACAUAAUCUACUCGUGCAUCUGCGUGAUAGCAUUCAUAUUCGUGAGAUACGCGAUGGUGGAAACCAAGGGCAAGACGCUCGAGGAGAUGUCUGCUCUCUUCGGCAUCGAAAGCGCCCUAGCAAGGAAUAGCGGACUAGAUGUUGACGCGAAAAGCACGGUAGAGUACAUCGAAGAGACAGUCAGAGGUGAAUAA